AUGCAGAGAGAAGAAAAACAAAUAGACAAUGCACUCGAUGUCAUGCUUUCGAGGGUCACAGAGCUCAAAAACUCGGUUAUCCACCUCCUCUACAAAAUGGAUCAUGAAUCAGAAACACUAAGCUGGCCAACUGUUUUGGACAAUUUUGCUCUCAUCUCAAGUCAGCUUACAGCUUUUAACAAAUGCUUGGGACACGAUAAAGUCCCACCGCUCCAGAAUCUGGUGGUGUUACCGCUGCUUUUGAAUCCAGACCGAGAUGAGGAUCUGCUUCGAAUGACCGAAGGAAGAAUCCCUGCAUUCGCUCACGAUGUUGUACCAGAUUACCUGCGCACAAAACCAGAACCAGAAGUAGAGCAAAAGAUGAUGCAGCUUGAACACAAGGCUGCUGGUUUGUCAAAUGAAACUACACAGAAACAAAUUGCAGCUUACACCAAAGCAAUCAAUCAUAUCCUGGACAUUGUAGCCAAAGCCAGAGAGGACUGCGAAUCAGAAAAUGUUACGAGAGGUGGAGCAUCACAGACAUCAUCUCUAGCCGAUACACAAACACUUGCAGCUGCAAUAGCCAUUGGAAAGGGUUUGAAGCCAAUGGUACCGCAAGGAGUUCAGUCUCCUGGUAUGAUGGUUCCUCCAGGAAAUCGACCUCCAGGGCAAGGACCCCCCAUGAAUCCAAAUCAACCUCCACAAAUGGGCAUGAUGGGGAAAGCUCCUGGUACAAUCAAGACAAACAUCAAAUCUGCUGGACAGAUGCAUUCGUACAAUCGAUAAAACAAAUUGAAAAACGUUUUACAAUUCUCUUCUUUGGUUCUUUUGAGGUCAAUUUUGGAGUUUUCUUACACUAAAAAACAUCGAGACCUACUGACCAAUUCUAAGCCACCUCUGAGAAAAAGGUUUGUUUUGUAUGAAUAAGUUAGCACCAACACAGUUUCGUAUUCUUUACUUUUGUGGGUUAAGAUUGCAAAAAUGACUGCCAGUUCCGCAGCCACACUACAAGUCAUUUUUAUAAGAUAAAACCUGGGCAAUGAGAGGAUUUUAAUUCCUCAGGAUGUAUCAAAAAACAUUUAAGAACUGUUCUAAGUGAUGAAACCACAAGCAUCUUAGUGAGAGUUACUUUGUAUCAUUGUAUCAUAUUCUUAAAUGUGUGGUAGACCACAACUCAAUUUAUAAUCUCGAAAUGUUGGAAUUUGUUCUUGCUGACAAAUAGUGUUAUCUCUUAACUUUUGGAAAAGUCUCUAGAACUUCCCGUUGAACUUAAUAGUUAUAGGGCAAAGAUUUUGAGCUUUCCGUAUUUUACAUGAUUUUGUAUCUUUUAGAAAACUUUAAUAAAAAUGUAUGUUGAUUUUUUAGUCUUUUACCUAUUUAAUUUCUAUUAACAUAGACCAUUUUUUUAAGUAUGGAGUAAAGUAUUGGUUUUAUGCUCUGGAAACAUCUGAAAAAAUUUUGAUCAUUGAAAUUCCAAUAUCUUAUUAAUCUCAACAAUUAAUUGCCUGUGAAUUGUAUGGGAAAUUGGUGUUGUACCUUUCAUUUCUGUCAAAAGGUAGAAUCAAAUAAAAAUCCCUGUUAAGCAUUA